AGAGCUUAAUGUCAUACAGGGUUAUGAGAGCCUAUACGACUAGCGCAUCGGCUAGCGAAAUCAGAGUGGAAUGAAUGGCAUGAAUAACUACGAAAUACUAAGCACUGCUGGCGAAGGGGCUUUCGGCGUUGUCUUGAAAUGCCGUGACCGAAGAACAGAAGAAUUAGUAGCAGUUAAGAAAAUCAAAAAGACCGGCAAUGAUCCAGAAAGCAAAGAAGCUACUCUAUUGCGCGAGCUGCGCCAAGAAAAUAUUGUUCAGCUCAAAGACUGUUUCACCAGAAGAUCCACUUUGUAUCUGGUGUUCGAGUUCGUCGAACAGAACAUGCUACAGAUUAUCCAACAGAGUCCCUCAGGCUUACCAUUGCAAUCGACUAGAAACUAUGCAUAUCAGUUGCUGAAGGCCUUGGAAGCGUGCCACUCAAGAAAUAUUAUCCAUCAAGACGUGAAGCCAGAAAACAUGCUGGUGACUGGCGACAACAUCCUAAAGUUGUGUGACUUCGGCUACGCUGCCAGGAGUGUGAACAACAACAGUGGUCUGAUUGAGAGUUCAGUGUACACUGAGUUCAUAGCCACCAGAUGGUACCGCAGUCCAGAAGUGCUCCUAGGAGCCAGGUGUGGCAGAGACGCCGAUAUGUGGAGUGCGGGCUGUAUAGUGGGGGAGAUGGCUGACGGGAAGCCCAUGUUCCCGGGUCAGAGUGAACUGGACCAGCUGUAUGUGAUUCAGACUAUUCUGGGACCCUUGAGUGUGAACCAGAGGCGGAUGUUCUACAACUCACCCAGAUACACACAGCUAAGGUUACCGACAGUGUCUAAAGCUAAGGGACUGGAGAAGCGAUACAAGAACAAAGUGUGUGCCAAACUACUUGAUUGCAUGAAGGGAAUGCUAGCAAUAGACGCGUGCAACAGGUUAGACGUGUACAAAGCUCUACGUCACAAAGUUUUCAUCCCAGAAGUCGCCAUGGAUGAGUCAUACCACCCCACUCAAGGUCAUCACAGGUCAACCGGCAGUAGACCAGUGACGUCAUCAACACCGGCAUUGCAUUCUCAGAACUCGAUCUCGUCCCAGUUCGGAUAUGGCGGAGGGAGAGGAGUAAAUGGGGGAGGAGGUGUGAACGGAAAUGUAGGGGUUAACCGGCACUCGAUUGCUGUUCAUAUGAAUGAAGUGACAAAUGGGGCUACCAAUAGUUUGGAAUCUCGGAAAGAUUACAACUCACUCCGUAAACCAUCCUCACGCGACGCGUCUAUGCUGCUGAAGAGAACAACAUCCAACAAAGACGCCUUAUUCGGAGCAUACAGAGACGCACACGAAUCCAAACUUAAUUGCGACACUCAAGAAACGUUAGAGGAAGAAACGAUAGCCAACAAAGACAAUCCAAGCACACCUAAAUACUCAUACAUGCCAAGCAAAGCUAACUGCAAACAAACCAAAUCUUCAUUUAUUGAAGAUGCGAUCAAAAAUUUCUGGGCUAGCCCUAACUCAAUUGUAGCUCCUCCGUCUAAUCUGGAAAAUUCGAGUGUUCCAGCUUAUUCUCAGGUUCCAAUCACACCUUCGCCAAGACUUUCAUCCCAUAAUACUGAACCACAGCCUUUUCAAAAAGCAGCACAAUCAAAUGCUAAUUUUACAAGUACUAAUGAUAAGCAGUUGAAAUCACAAGUUAACAAGGUCUCGCAUGCAGGCGGAGACGCUUUACCAUUCGCAGACGACCUGGAGGCUUCUAUGAUGAGUAUAGAAGCUUCGACUGACAAAGAACUACGUAGGAUCCCCAUUGUAAAUGCAGGACCCAAAAUGAGUUUAGAUUUUGAAAGUUAUAGAAAAAAGAAUCAGCACCCGCUUUACAGUGCACCGAAUACGCCCGGAAUUGUAGGCGAUGAGUUUGGUCUUGAGUUUGAUAUAAGUGAUGAUGAGUUUUCAGAAGAACCAAGUAAAUCAAGUGCAGUUACAAGAGAUACGAGUUCGGAUAGUUUUGAUGAAGCUGAGUUUUCAAAUAAAAGUGUGACAGAACGCAUAGAAAAAGAUCUCCCAAUUCCCAAAGUACCAAGCUUCGAGACUGGACCAACUUUGAAAGUAUCGAAUGUAUCAUUUAAUAAAGGUAAUUCUCGACUUAUGGCAGCUCCUCUUGUGGACGAAAAUUUCCCCAUAGAAGAUGAAUGUGAUGAAAUUUUGGAGAACAUCACUAGGACUUGUACAUCUGGAGAUAUUGCCAAUGAUGUUGCUCCGAUUUAUGUAACUCGUGCAAAUGAAGUAACAGAACCUCAUGGUGUAACUUAUCCGAAAGAUGCGACUGGUCCCCAAGACAAAAUAAGCCUUAACAGUCCCAUUACGACAAAUGACUCGGCCGAAAAGUUCUUAAAACACGAAAAGAACUCAGGAGAUUACACUGAGACAUCCAUCGAUUCUGGUUACAGCAAUAGUUGCAUGAUAAAAAAUUCAGAACCGAGAAUGGAAAUAGCGUUAGAUGAGACUGAAACAGACUUGAAGGAAAUCAAAGAGCAUCAAGUUGAAGAACUGGGAGAGAAUUCGGGCUAUAAAGAUUGGCGACUGGAUUCAGCUCCGAAGUCUCACAGGCCUUUGUCUUGGAAAUCGUCUGCGGAAGCGACACCGAGUGGGAUUCUUUCUUCUUCUGAAACCACAACUUCUAAAGUGACUUCUGCUACUCAAGUUGUCGUCUCAUCUAGUUGCCACUUAAAUGACAAAAAUAUGACUGAAAACACACUUUGUUCACAAGAAUCCAAACCAAACACACCUGUUAUUCUCACCAAUCACGAAUCUCGUGUUGUUGAUCAGUCUGUUCACAUGGCUGUAUUAGGAACAGAUCACCUGGUCACUGCUAAAAAUGACAAUGACUACCAAAACUGUACUUCAUUUCAUUCUGUGACUAGUACUGUUACUCACCCAGCUGUUGAUCUUACUGAUAAAAUAUUGGCAGAUUCUAACCAAAACGAAUCUGAACCCAAAGGACUCGAGACAGACACAAGCGUUCUUGUUACUAAAAACAGUCAUUUGGCCUCAAACGGAAAUUUGGAUCCUGAAAAACUUGACGCUUCAAAUUGCCAUCUUAACAAUGCUGAGGUAAAAAAUGAGCCUGCUUCAAGUUUGGUAGACUCAAACCCCACUGCUGUUGAUAAAUCUGCAAUCACAGCAAUCGAGACUUCUUCUCAAAAUUCUAUUUCUUCUCUUCUUAGCAAUUCAGAACCUCGAAAUGCACAUGUUUCUAAUACUACUUUGAACUUCGAUUUACCCGACCAUGGUUCCCCUUACACGAAAACAGCUUUGAUUUUGAUUAAUCAAAAAGGACAAAGACCAAUUUCCUUAUACUGCGAAUCAUCAAUCGCUGGUAGAUCGAACGAUCAGCAAAAAUGCAGUAAUUAUAAUUCAAUCACACAAAGUAGUGUUGCUCCCCAUUCAAUCAGAAAAUCAAUUUCUCCCGCUAAGUUCGGUAAAAAUGACGGAUUGUCGAAGGAUGAGGAUAGUCGGCCUAGUCAUAGCGCACUUUCGAAGUGUUACGACUCAAGUUUGAGCAAGGUUGAAGAAGAUCUAAGCGCGAGUUAUGCUUCCGCGCGAGACGCCAUAAAUUCGCCCGGAAGCAGCGUGAACUUGACCCCCAAUGUAGAAGUUUGCGGGGUUAAGCUCAGGAAGGCUAAGGACUCGCACAGAAUCAGAGAACUGAGAUUAACUGGUUCGAAGAGCCUCUACACUGAGUUACCAGAGUCACAUGUUCAACUGGACAGCCCGCCUUGCUACUUGCCACUAUCACCAGACGAACAACUCACCCCAGUUCACCCUGUCAAGUCCCCAAUGACGAAGACAAACCCCCUGGUCCAGAGAUCGAAACUAGCUCAGCUGGACUUGGCACAGAGACCGAAGAAUGCAGUGACACAGCCUGCGAGAACUUUCAGACCCCUAAUGACGCGGCACAGUGAUGAUCCGGCUAGGGCACCUCCGUUAGCCAAGUCUGAAAUAUUCGAAGAGGAUAUCGAGUCAGUGGAAAAUCGCAGACCCCGUUCUGUGACAGCCUCUGAACAGCACAAUGUUUUCUCAUUCAACCAGUACUCCCCCAGAAAAACGUCAACGCCAACCGGGACGAGAACUGGGGGAGGGGUGGGAUCUAAGGUCAGAAGUGGCAAACGAUUGGCACCCAGUCCCUCCUUUAAUAAUGGCCAAACUACACCCGCUACUUCUGGCGUGACGUCUAACUCUGUUGCCGACAUAACGACCAUGAGGCUAGUUGAACUCAUCUGCCGAUUCGAUUUUUUCAGGUCUACUAAUUUUCUUAGGAAGGAUUUCAAGCCCCCAGUAAAUAAUUUCCCUCUCAUAAUAUGGAAAUACUGCUAUGGUGGUGCACUAUUCUUAAGAGUAAUGAACGUAGUGAAGACUCUUAUAUAGGUCUUGCUGAUUUUUUUUAGGAAAAAGUCUUAAUUGAUGCACUUAGGUAUAAUGCACUUAUUGAGUUCAAUUGAAAUUCAUCUGCUGAAAGUGACGUAAAUAGCACUCUCCAAA